CCUAAUGACAAUAACAAAACAUGCACUGAUGUUGCAACAGGCUGUUGACUGUUAGCGUGGAAAAGAAUUGGAAGCUGUUAUCAGGAGAAAAGUGUCCAUGAAUGAAGGCGUAGUGGGAUGACAACGUGAAUCAUUGUUGUUGCUUUCUUGUUGCUUGUUUCACAGAUUCACAUCAAUUUCGCACACCACAGCUAGGUGGCACAAUCGCGCGAAAUACACCCGCUGCUAGCACACGCAUGCCUCUCUGCACCUAAACACCCCACACAUGUGCAUGCAAUCUGGGAGUACUUCAAUUUUAAUUUGAUUUUGCACCCAGAUACAAGUUGUACACUUGCGCAUCGACGCUGUGACCUUCGCAGGAUUGGGUCUCGUCUCGUGUCUUCUGCACCGCUUUCAUUGUCAGUGUCAAGAAGAAAAAUCAAUGGAGGACUUGACACCAUUAACCAACCUUCAACAGUUUUAGUUCCAAUAAUUCCACAAUAACUACUGUGCAUUCCCAAUAUUUUGUGACUUAUUAUCCAUUCCGAUUCCGGAGGGUGCGGCACGCAAGAAAAAGAUGACGGAACGCCAACCGUUGCUGCUCCAAAGCGAUGCAUCGGACUAUGAGGCUAGCCGGGGACCAGCACGACCGGCCCGCAGCUCGCCGCCUGACAACACGCUCGUUAAUGUCCACAGCGAGGACAGCAUAGCAGUGCAUGCGGCAGCCUCGGCCUCGGGAUCCGGAGACGAAGAUCAGGCGGCUGUGGACAAGGGCAGCUAUAAUCCCUCUCUCCAUCGCACCCUGGAACAUCCGACAUCCAACUCGGAGACACUGGUGCAUCUGCUGAAGGGAAACAUUGGCACUGGCAUUCUGGCCAUGCCGGACGCCUUCAAGAAUGCCGGUCUCUAUGUGGGUCUCUUUGGCACGCUAAUUAUGGGAGCCAUUUGCACGCACUGCAUGCACAUGCUGGUCAACUGCUCCCACGAGCUGUGCCGGCGGCUGCAGCAGCCGGCCCUGGACUUUUCAGAUGUGGCCUACUGCAGCUUCGAGACGGGACCGUUGGGUCUGCGGCGAUACUCUCUACUGGCCAGGCGGAUCGUUACCACGUUUCUGUUCAUCACACAGAUUGGGUUCUGCUGCGUGUACUUUCUGUUUGUGGCGCUGAACAUCAAGGAUGUGAUGGAUCACUACUAUAAGAUCAAUGUGCACAUAUAUUUGUUGAUUAUGCUGAUGCCUAUGAUUGUGCUGAACCUGGUGCGGAACCUCAAGUAUCUGACUCCCGUUUCCCUCAUUGCGGCGCUACUAACGGUGGCCGGACUGGCCAUAACCUUCUCGUACAUGCUGCACGAUCUGCCCGACGUGCACACGGUCAAGCCGAUAGGUACAUGGGCCACGCUGCCCCUCUACUUUGGAACAGCCAUAUACGCCUUUGAGGGCAUCGGUGUGGUGCUGCCGCUUGAGAACAAUAUGCGAACACCCGACGACUUUGGCGGUACCAGGGGCGUUCUCAACACGGGCAUGGUAAUCGUCGCCUGUCUGUACACAUCUGUGGGCUUCUUUGGCUACCUGAAGUACGGCGAAGACGUCAAGGGCAGCAUUACACUUAAUCUGCCGCAAGGCGAUGCCCUCUCGCAGCUGGUGCGACUUACCAUGGCCGUGGCCAUCUUCCUCUCGUAUACGCUUCAGUUUUAUGUGCCCGUUAAUAUUGUAGAGCCGUUCGUUCGCAGCCAUUUUGACACUACGCGGGCCAAGGACUUGGCAGCGACUAUCUUACGAACAGUGCUGGUCACUUUUACUUUUCUGUUGGCCACCUGCAUUCCCAAUCUGGGCUCUAUUAUUUCGUUGGUGGGAGCCGUCAGCAGCUCUGCAUUGGCUCUCAUUGCGCCGCCAAUUAUUGAAAUUAUUACGUACUAUCAUGUGGGCUAUGGCCGCUACAAUUGGAUGCUAUGGAAGGACUUCCUUAUCCUGAUCUUUGGACUAUGUGGCUUUGUCUUCGGCACUUGGGCAAGCCUGGCUCAAAUUUUAAACGAUAGAACUCAUUAAACAGGGAAAAGUGUGUGCGAAUUUACGAAUGUCGAAGGCUUUACGUAGCAGUCGCGAACUCUACGAAUAUUUAUAUAAUUAGGUUGUUUGCCCCCUUUUUUAAAACGUGCAUCGAGCACAGUGGCGGUGCUCAAAUUUUAUUUUAUUUAUUUUUUGUCCACGAAUCAGUUGCAAUUCUGUGUUAUCCAUUAGCUACAAUUCUUGUACCAGACAAUAACUAGCAUUUUAAGUAUACAAUUUUACAUAUA